GUGGUGAGCAGAGAGAGACAGAGAGAGGGGAGAGAGCGGUGCACAGUGGGCGAACCAACACGCGAUCAACAUCUCCUCGCUCGACCCUUUUCUCUCUCCUAGAGACCUUCCUCUGGAUCGACCUCCAUUGCCGUUUCACCUCUCCGAUCUUCCAUGUUCUUUCCUGCAAUGACCGUUUCUUCGAUUUUACUCGGAGCGGUUUGCGCGAUCGCGUUCCAAUAAGGUGCGGAUGCUCGCUUUCCCUUCAGGGUUCCGGCGACCUUGGAUGCUUAUGGUUUCAUCCUCAGUGCGGCUGAUUCGUGUUCGGAUUGAUUUGGUUUGCUACUAGUUGAACGGUUGGGUUAUCAUCUUUAGCAGGUGCUGCAGUUUGGAAAAAAGCGACAAGUCGCCAACUUGGCUUUGCACAUGCUUCGUUUGGGGAUUUUGCUCAGCUCUGGUUCACGAUAUGAUGAAAUGGAUGGUAACAGACAGAUGGAGGUUCAUUAUAUAAAUACUGGUUUUCCUUACACUGUCACCGAAAACUUUAUGGAUUUGUUUGAAGGCCUCACAUAUGCUCAGGCUGAUACUGCCCUUGCAGAAGUUUUGCAUGACCAGGGUAACACAUACUGGUCAAUGAUGUACGCAAACCCAUAUAAAUAUGAAUUUUCUGGCUCUUCCACUAAUUCAUAUUAUGAUUUUGGACACACCUAUGAGAUCAAUGAUCAUACACAAAGAUUGGAUGAAGGAAGGAGAGCAUGGGACAACCCUACAGUUUUGAACAACUUAGAUUUGCCACAGCAAGCCCAGCAUGGCAAUGAAGUUCACCAUGCAAGUAGAAAUCCUGGAGCUGAGGAACGUACUCGGGUUCACCGAAAUUCUAGUGGUUCUCAGGUCAUAUGGCAUGAUAAUAUUGACCCUGAUAAUAUGACAUACGAGGAAUUGCUUGAGUUGGGUGAGGCAAUUGGAACACACAGCCGUGGUCUUACCCAAGAGCGUAUUGCUUCGCUUCCUGUCAAAAAGUACAAGUGUAGCUUAUUUUCUAAGAAGAAAACACGACAUGAGAGAUGUGUCAUUUGCCAGAUGAAAUAUAGGAGAGGUGAUCGACAAAUGAUCCUUCCAUGCAAGCACUCAUACCAUUCUGUCUGUGUGACAAGAUGGCUCAACAUAAACAAGGCAUGUCCAAUUUGCUUUGUUGAGGUACCAGCUGAAGAACUGAAGCCAUAAUGAUUUCUAUUUAGCAAAUUGCAUGGACGUGUUUAGCCAAAUUACACUGCAAAAGCUGUUUUGUUUUCUCUCUCUUGUUGUAGUCUUCAUGUUUGAGGUUUACAGAAACUAGAUUGAUUCCUGAGUUGUCCUUAUCUAAGAGUUGUACAUUUCAAAUAGGUGAAUCGAUAGAAUCAUUUGGCCAGCAUUCCCUAUUUGUCAUAUGAAGUGUGAAAUGUUCAACUCUGUACCAGGUCGAGUAAGUGCUCAUUACAUUUGUGUAUGCGCUAAAUAUGUAUCAGGACGAACAGUGAAAGCUGUAUAAAUUGGCAUUUCAAGAUUCAUGCUAGGAA